GUGCCCUUGAGCAGGAAGACCCCGGGUUGUUUUGGCUUUUUCUCUCCACGUGGAGCCUCAAGGAAACUUCUCCUGUCUGUCCAGCGUCCUGCACAACCGACCCGCAGCUGAGAGACAUGUCAGCGGGAGGACACACCACCACGAGCCGGGCGAUCCCCGCGGUCCGGCGGGUCGCGAUCCACGAUGCUGCCCACAUGCCGCAGGACUACUCCACGACCCCCGGGGGGACCCUGUUCAGCACCACGCCCGGAGGCACCAGAAUCAUCUACGACAGGAAGUUCCUCCUGCAGUGUCGGACGUCUCCUCUGACUCGGACGCCUCCCAAGCUGCCCGACAUCCCCGGCGUCACGAGUCCGCUCAAACUCAACAACUCCCCCGACACGAAGCCGCCCAAACAGACACCGAACAGCAACACUGACCAAAGCCUGCACACAGAGGACAGCGCAGGAGAAGAUGACCUGUUUGAAAUGGACAUCUGAAGAGAGAUAGAGACGAGGAUAAAAA